CUCGCAUGUGGAUCCAUCAUGUCCUGCAUUCUGAGUGACGACCUAACUGUUUGAUGUGCAACCGGCUCAAUUAAAUCCACCUUGCUCGCUUGCUUCUCUUCUCCCUUGGACUUUUCUCCCUUGGACUAAGCUAGUCCGUCGUCCUAUUUCCCCGGUGAUGCAGGCUAGCUCGAGAGCCCUCCCCUGUCGACGUGGCCUGUGUAGAUCGCAACUUUACCUCCAACUUCAACCUGGUCUCCGCCGCCGCUAUUCGCAACAACGUCGCUCGCCUCAGCCGUCUUCCCCUAUCUCUGCUUCUCCUUUCCUGCGCAUUUCCAGGAUAGACAACCGCCUCGCCGAGCGACCUGCGUUUCGCACCAUGUCCUCCUCCGCGCCGACUGAGCUGCGGUUCAAGAGCCCAGCGAUUCUUGUCUGCGACAUCCAGGAUAAGUUCCGCAAUGCCAUCCACGAGUUUGACAAGAUCGUCCUCACCACCCAAAAGCUCCUCCACUUCGCCAAGCCGCUCUCCAUCCCCGUCAUAGCCACCACGCAAACCUCCGCCAAGCUCGGCCCGACCGUCUCUGUCCUGGCCGAGCUGCUCCCGUCACCGCCGCAUGACAAGACGCGCUUCUCCAUGUACAUCCCGCCUGUCGCUGCCGCCCUGCCCGUGCCUUCGCAGAUCGCGCUUGUCGGCAUUGAGUCGCACAUCUGCAUCACCCAGACCGCGCUUGACCUGCGCGACGCCGGCCACAAAGUCUACGUCCUCGCCGACGGCGUCUCGUCGUGCAACCCUGGCGAGGUUGGCGUCGCCCUGGAUCGCCUGCGCUCCGAGCCCGGCAUCACCGUCACGUCGAGCGAGAGUUGGAUGUACGAGUGCGUUGGCGAUGCUUCUCACACAGCCUUCAAGGGGCUCUUCAACGUCGUCAAGGGGUCCAUGGCCGAUACCAAGAAGGUCUGGGAAUCGCUGCCCCCUGGUCCCAAGAUUUGAGAAACAACGACAUCAGUAUGCAAACCACGAGCAAGCCGACGCCCAGCAUAGACAACACUCAUAUCGCACCAGCCAAAGAGACCAAUGCCAAAGAAGCC